UGAAACAGACAUAGCAGGAGAAUAUGAAAAUUGUGGGAGCCAACGCGGAUGUCGAGAGACUAUACUGAUUUCGCCUCUUCCUCUCUGAUUUCCGAGAUUAUUUCAAAUACCUUCGAACUGAUUUAUAGACAGACGGGCUCUGAAAUAGCCUUCAUUUCAAAUUCUUUGUUCUUUGGAUGAAAACCGGAACGUAAGCCUUCAAUUAAAUUAGGUAAAAUUGAUGCAUGCUUAUGUGAAGCAGCUAGUGAAGAUGUGUCUCCCUGGUAUCUUCAUUGUUACCCUGUUGACCCUCUCUAUUCCUGCUGUCCAUGGUGGGAAAGUCCUGGUGUUUCCUCAUGACGGCAGCCACUGGGUCAACAUGAAGGUCAUUAUUGAAGCACUGCAUUCAAGAGGUCACAGUGUGUCAGUAGUAAGGCCAUCAGACAGCUGGUACAUCAAGGAAACCUCCCCUCACUACAGUUCAAUCACAAUUGAUAUUCCAGAUGGAGCUGAUGAGGAAUUCUUUCGCUCAUUUGUGUCAAGACUAAUACAGAUAAAGAGAGAGGGAAACUCUGCUUGGACUCGUUUUUGUUUGGACAUGGAGUUGAAGGACGGGUUUUUUGAAAUUCACCGCAAAGUGUGUGAGAUGAUAAUCAAAAUGUUAGAGAAUAAACAGUUGAUGCAGUCUAUUAGAGAAACCAAGUAUGACUUGGUUCUGACAGACCCAUUAAAUGGGGGAGGUGUUGUGCUGGCGCACUAUUUAAAUGUGCCACUUGUUUUCAAUGUUAGAUGGACUAUAGGUGGUGAGGGUCAUUUUGUUAUUGCUCCCUCACCGCUAUCUUAUGUACCAAUUCCUGCUGCAGAGUUAACAGACAAGAUGAGUUUUUUUCAGAGGGUCCGUAACUUCCUUGUUUAUAUCAUCAGGCAGUGUCUGUACAGACAGACAAUGGGACCUCAUUAUUCUGCUUUAGUUAGUCGUUACUUUGGUCCUGAGGUCGACUACCUCUCAUUGUUUCAAGCUGCUGAUUUAUGGCUCAUGAGAGUUGACUUUGUGUUUGAGUUCCCUCGUCCCACCAUGCCUAAUGUUAUAUAUAUGGGAGGGUUCCAAUGUAAACCUGCCAAGCCUCUUCCCCAAGAACUAGAGGAGUUUGUUCAGAGUUCUGGGGUGCAUGGAGUCAUUAUCAUGUCUUUGGGGACUUUAAUUGGGCAGCUUCCACAUGAUAUAGCUGAUGAGAUAGCUGUUGCUUUUGCCCAACUGCCUCAGAAGGUCAUCUGGAGGUAUAAAGGAGACAGGCCAGCUACUCUGGGUAACAACACCUUACUAGUUGACUGGAUGCCUCAGAAUGAUCUUUUAGGACACCCUAAGACAAGGCUGUUUGUAGCUCACGGAGGAACAAAUGGGAUUUUCGAGGCUAUCUACCACGGUGUUCCAAUAGUAGGCCUUCCUCUGGUGUUCGACCAAACUGACAAUCUUUCUAGAAUGAAAGUGAAGGGUGUAGCAAAGGUUGUGGAUUUAGCAACACUAGAUAGAAACAUAUUCUCCCAGGCCUUACAGGAAGUUCGGGAUGAGCCAUCCUACAGGACGAACAUGCAGAGACUCUCCAGGCUACACAAGGACGUGCCAAUGGAGCCCCUGGACACUGCCCUCUUCUGGAUUGAGUUUGUCAUGAGACACAAAGGUGCUGCUCACCUGCGUACAGAGUCCUACAGAAUGCCCUGGUACUCGUACCACUCUGUAGAUGUAAUGGUCUUUUUACUGACUGUUGUGUUAUUUACUCUGCUGGCUUUCAUUGGCAUUAUCAGAUGUUUCUGUUGCAGGUCAUGUUUGAAAAUGAAAAUGGAAUGAUUAUGGCUUUCAUCUGUACACAGUGUGGUACAACAAUGUUUUUACUUGUCUCACUCAUUAUACUUUUUGUUCACAUGACAAAUAUAUGUGGCAUUGAUGUAGACAUACAGUAUUGUUGACAGAUGUUUUAUCUAUUUGCUUUUGAAGAUUUUGCUAAACCUACAACUGUACUUUAACUGUUCAGCCCAUUUAAUCAAAGGUUUGAAUAGGAAAGUCCAAAUGUGCACCUUAAAAAUGAAUGCUGUUAUAGUUGUGUGUGGCUGCUUUCUUUGUGUCACAGUUAAACUGAUGUAAAUGUUGAUUCUCCAGAAGACCGUUAAGGAGCUCUGUUUUUUAAUAAAGAUAUCAUGCAGCUUA